CCCGGUUGCCCCGGCCGGCGCGCGCCAUGGCGAAGGAUGAGUGCAAGGCGCUGCUGGACGCGCUGAGCAAAGUGACGGCCUGCUACCGGCACAUGGUGCUGACCAUCGGCGGCACCUCGGACUCGCAGAACCUGCGCGAGGAGCUCAAGAAGACCCGGCAGAAAGCCCAGGAACUGGCGGUGGCCAACCGCAACAAGCUCACGGCCGCCUUGCGGGACAAGACGGUGAGCAAAGAGGACAGGGCGGAAUUCGAGCGGCUUUGGGUCCUCUUCUCCACCUGCCUGGAGAUCCUGGAGACCGACAUGCGGCGCGCCCUGGAGCUGGGCCAGGAGUUCCCCCUCAACGUACCCAAAAAGCCGCUCAUCCAGACGGGGAUGAGCGGCGGCACCUCCGGGGUGGCCGCCCGGGCCAUGAGCGUCCAGAACAUGAAAUACGAGGCGGACAACAACAUCGACGUGGUGGAUUUGAAGGACCUGGAGAACGAGAUCAACCAAGUGGGGGAGAUGAUGUACGAGAUGGAGAUGAAAGUCAGCGUCCCGCAAUGGACGGUGGAGGCCAAGCAGGACCCCGGGGCGGAGCUCAAGUCCACCAUCAGCGUGGGCGCCUCCUCCAUCGGCAUGAUCGAGGUGGAGGAGAGCAAGGCCUUUUGCGAUAUCAGCAAAGUGCUGGCCGGCAUCAUCUUCACGGCUGUCCUCCUCAUCGCCAUCAUCCUGGCCGUGUGUGUGGCAAAGCUCUCCUAAGGUGGGGGAUGCCAGGUUCAGGAGAAGAGUUUGGCUUUUCUUGAUGAGGGAGAAAAAGGAGAGGCAUUUGUUCCCCCAGAUUAUGGUUUUCCAAGCAAAAGGGUGGAGGGAGGAGGCGAGUAUGAGAUGGGAUCCCUGUGCCGGAAUAAGGGGCAGGGGAUGUGUUCUGUUCAAGUCCUAAGCCUGAGGAUUUGUGCGAUAUUCUAGCUUUAAAGAACAGUCCAUCUAAGGUAUGUGGGUAUUACAACUCCCAGCCAUAGUAGGGAUUUGUUCGCUAUUUAUAGAUGAUUAUUCUCAGUAAGCAGAAAAAAGUAUUGUUUGUGAGUAGGUUCUACUGUUGGUCCAUGUUUACAAACUGAUUACAAAUUGCACAUGAUUUGGAGAUGGGAAUUAAUUCAGUGGCAAAAUGGAGACACCUAUAAAUUUACAUAUAAUUUCCAACAAACAUAAAUGAUGUUGUGGUCCUGAGCUGAAGAUUUGUUUUCUCUCUCUAAAAGAAGUGUGCUUUUAGCCCUGGGUGCUAAGCCUGAUAGUAUUUUUUUUUUUUUGGUGGGAGGGGGAGUUUAGAACCAAAUGGUUUAAGAGACCUGAACUUCUUUUGUUUUAUCGGAACUAAUUGCACUUUGGCACAGCAUACACUGUGAAAGGCAAUCCAAAUCUGCAGAAGAAAGAUUAAGCACCAUUUACAGAGACCUUAAGAAGCUCUGUGUUCAAUUCACUGUUGCAUAACGUAUUCUACCACUUAUAGUUUGCUGUGGGGUAGAACCAGUUCAGCUUCUUUGUUCACUGUCAGUCAAGUUUAAAUGCCCAUUUGGACCAAAUCUUCCAGAAAGGAUGCUGCAUUAUACCCCCCUUAUACAGCGUGCACACAUGCUGCAUUAUAUAUAAUGCAUAUAUCACAUACCCACAGUAGGAUUUACUCCCUAGUAGGUGUAUUCAUUGCCUUGAAAUCAUGUAUGGAUACACAUACCUGAGCUGGGAGCAAGUCCCAGUGAAUUCAGGAUUUAAUUCUGAGUAAAUAAGAUCGCACUGCACAACUCCCCUGGUUUGUGCAUGGAAGCUGAACAGUGGUGUUUCUAAAACAGUGAAGCUAGAGUGCAGCAAGAUCCCAAGUAUGUUUACUCAGAAGCAAACUCUACUGAGUUAAAUAGGACUUGCUCUCUGGUAAAUGUGUUUAGAAUCAAAGCUUUAAAUGCAGGCUCUGGCUAUAAUCCUGAGCAUACUUAUAAAGAAGAUUCCAUUUAUUUCAGUGGGACUUUCAUAUAAUGUGUUUCAGAUUUGGGGUGUCAAUGUGGCCUAAAAACAAGCCACUAUCACUGAUUUUUUAAUGCUGUAACAGCACGUUAAAACCUAUGAAUCUGCCUUGUGUCAAGUCAGACCAUUAGUUCAUCUAACACAGCAUUAUGUUUCUUUGCUCACUGGCAGUGGCUCUCCAGGGCUUCAGACAGGGGUCUUUCCCAGGCUUACCUGGAGAUUCCAGAGAACCCUUUCCUGUGCUUGAGCUCCACUCUGAUUCUAUGGUGCAAAGAAGAGGCAUGAUCUCACGUUGACAGUCUGAAGUUUACACAUGUACAUCUCCUAUUACUGUUAAUGAGAUUUACAUAUGUACCUGCCAGAGCCAAGAAGAUUAGAAUCAAUCUUAUAAUCCUGACAUACCCAAGACCUGGCACAAAUGUGACUUGGAUGGCAGCAUUUGAGCACAGGGCUGUUGGAGCUAGACAGUGGAGCUAGAUAAACAUUAUGUAAAAGAGAGCAUUGCUCCUCUUUUAAGCUGUCUGUGGAACAGUAUCUUUAAAGGGGAUGCAUGAGGCAUUCCUGUGCAGACAAGGCCCUAUCUGAAAUGGCUUUUAAAGCAGAGUUUCAUUUCAGUCACAGCAAGAUUGUCAAGAACAGCAGUUCCACUCAUUCAAACUACAAAGGUGUUACUGAACAUUUCUAACCUCUUUAGCUGCAAUUAGCAGUUCCAGGCAACAAAGUUAAGCAACUGAAAGUGUGGUCCCAUCCCUGUCUACUUAGCAGUAAGUGAGACUUACUUCUGAAUAAACGUGCUUAGGACUGUAUUGCUCAUGUACACAAAACAUGCUUCUCUACUUGCCCCUUGAAUUAACUGAGUUAAUUGAAGUGGUGAGAAGAUUUACAGGUCAAGCUUCAACCUCUUCAAACUUUUAAGUGCACAAGUCGGUGAAAACCUUAAUCUGAACCCUUGGGUCUAACAAAGCCAUGAGUUACAAUUGUCCAGUGUCAGAUUUCCUAGCAAUGGUGAUAAUGUGUUUUGGACUGGCAUUGUGAUAGUGAUAUACUUUGCAUGAUAGGAUGCCCUAAGUUCCUUUACACGAGUUCCUUAAGAGCUACUUCCACUUUCUCUAUACCCAUGAUGGUGAACCUUUUUCAGCCCAAAGUUCACAUUCCCUUCUGGGCAACUUUCUGGAGAGGAUGUGUGGCCUCAGGAGAGUUCCAGUGGCUGAAUAGAGAGACCUGGAGGCACAUUUGGGCCCCAGACCUGAAGUUCACCCCUGCUCUAGACAGGACUGAUCUACAUGGUCUAACACUAUGGGCUAGCUCAUUACAUUUAAAUCAAUUGGCUAACUCAAGAGCAUCCACCCACCCAGCAACUGCUACAAGGCUAACAAGAAUAUAUUGUGUGAUUACUAAGAAGCAGGCAGCAAAAUCUUAUACCCUGACCCUAAGUCACUUGGGCUAAGAGCAUGAGUCUCCUAUUGACAAAUCUGUUAAGUUUUAUUAAUAGAGCUAUCCUGAAUGUAAUACUUGGAAUUAGGUCCCAUUAAUUUCAAAGGAACUUCCAUAUGGCAUGUUUAGGAUUAGUAUGCUUGUCUCAUUAAUGUCCUUGCAAACUGGAUACGUGCAACCCAGUUCUCUGUAUAUUUACACGGAAGGUUAUGUUGGACUCAAUGGAUGUCGGCAAACCUAAAAACACUUGAAAGCUAGUCAACAUUGGGAUAAGUGGGACCUACAUGCAAUAGGAUCAGGCUGCAUAGCUGCAAUGCUUUUUGUACUUACUUGGAAGUAAAGUCCCAUUGAACAUAGCUGGACUUUAACUUCUGAGACAACAUGCAUAGGAGGCAGGGCUGCCAGUGAAAAUCUAUAGGUUCUGCCUUCAAAUGCAUAUACUUAGGUAUGUACCUGGCAAAUCUAUUAAGACUAAUGAUUUACUGACCAGUCUUGAACUCUUUCUAUGUGAGUCCUACGUCAUACCCACAUUAGUUUCCUUAGAAUUUUAAGUUUACACUUAUUUACUUGUAAGCCAAAACUUAAAAUUCUCUGCAUAUAGGUAGACCAUAUUUCAAGUCAAAUAUGCUCAAGAUAGACUUCUGUCCUACAGGGAUUUUAUGGGAAACAAUGCCCCGUAAGUAUGCACAGAAUGAGAGCCUAACUCCGUAACUUGCUUCUCUUUACGAAUGAACCAUUAAUCUUCCUAAAUAUAAGUUAUCUGAGUAAAUUUGUGCUGAAUGUUUGCAGGCAGCACUGGACAGCAGGCCGUCAAACAAGUCUUGGUUCUGUAGAGGUUGCAACCAGGCAAGACUUCAAAGCAUGUUAACACAUAAAUAAAUCCUCCUGUGUUCAAUAAGCAAGA